UCUGGUGCAUGCUGGGAGUUUGUGAGCGAGCGCGGCGUGUGAGCGUGGUGUGAGAGCGAAUGAACUUUUUUCUAUUUUUAUAUAGAUAUAUUUCCUUUCUUUACAAGCUGGAAUUUCAGAGCACAGUCACUGGGUGAGUGUGUGAUAAUAUUAUCAAGGAAGCGGUGUUAUUAGUUGCUGUUUUUUUUGCUGCGGGGAGUGUUUGAUCUCGCGGCGGGGUGUAGGGAUGGCGGCUCACCUGAGCGGUGGAGUCCGGCCUCUCUCACUCCGUCACGGGGUGCGGUGUGAGGUGAGCUCCGAGGUCUCGGUGGAGCAGGUGCUAAUGGCGGUAGGGGAGCUUAUUAAAUGUGAAAACAUUGUGGCGGCAUCGAGAAUGAGCAAGGCCGCGGUGGUGUUCGUGAAGGAGAGGGAACUCGUGCACCAGCUGACUGAAAACGGAAUAAAGUGUGAUUGGUCUUUAGAAACCCAGGAAGUGUUGAGGCUUUAACACAGACACUUCUCAUUCAGUCAGUCAUCAGUGUGACAGGAUGGAGCUCCGUCCACUCUGUGUGUUUCUCUUGCUGAUGGGACUCAUCCACUGCACAACAGCAGAAAAACCCAAACCGACUGUGAGAGUGAGUCCUCAGAGCUCCGUCUACACUGGAGACAGUGUUACUCUGACCUGUAAUCUGAAGUCUAAUGGAUGGACUUUUCUCUGGUACAAAGAUCGAGGCCAAGUAGCUGAAGACACCAACACACUCCAUGAUACAGUCUCUAAUGCAGGAGAAACAGUGUAUCAGUGUAAAGCACGCAGAGGAAACUACGACUCAGAGAUCAGUGAUACAGUUACACUUACAGUUAGAGUGAGACCAAAGCCUGUAGUGAAAGUACAGCCAGCUGAGCGUGUGUUCAUUGGGGAAACAGUCACUCUCACAUGUGAGAGACAGACUGGAGAAUCCUGGCGUUACCUCUGGUAUAGAAAUAAUGAAGAACUCAGUGAUGCUGCAGGAAAGAAAACAUACACAAUCACUGAUAUUAAAGAGUUUAAUAAAGGUGAUUAUACAUGUGAAGGAACACAGUCAUCAGACCCUAAAUACACACAGACCAGUGAUGGUGUUACACUGACUGUAUCAGAAAAACCUAAACCUCAACUCACAUCAGAUCUUAAAGGAGCUGCACUGACAGGAAACUCGGUGACUCUGUACUGUACAAUGACGCCGCAGUCUGCUGGAUGGAAGUUUUACUGGAUCAAACCCACACAGAGCACUGAGACUGAAACACACUCCUACACCAUCUACAUCAGCUCAGUUAGAGUCUCUGAUGGGGGUCAGUGCAGGUGCAGAGCUGGAAGAGGAAACCCAGUCUACUACACACACUACAGUGAUGCAUUCUGGGUAAAUGUUACUGAGAGUCCUAAACCUGUGGUGAUUAUAAAGCCUUAUACACAGGUGUUCAGAGGAGAGAGAGUGACUUUCAGGUGUGACAUACAGGGAGGAGACACUGAGUGGACAUACGACUGGUAUAGGGACGAUAACACAUUCUACACAUCCCACACAGCACAGGAGUUCAGCAUCAGUGAUUAUUACAGUGGUGAAUACACCUGCAGAGGGAGGAGGAGAAGUGACUCUCAGAUCUCGAAGACGAGUGAUCCUGUUACACUCACUGUAUCACAAAAACCCAAACCGACUGUGAGAGUGAAUUCUCAGAGCUCCGUCUACACUGGAGACAGAGUUACUCUGAACUGUAAUCUGCUGUCUAAUGGAUGGACUUUUCUCUGGUACCGAGAUUAUUGGCAAUCAAUUCCCCUGUCUCCUGGAACCAGAAACACCAACACACUUAGUGUAACAGUCUCUAAUGAAGGAGAAACACGGUACUACUGUAAAGCACGCAGGGGAAACUACGACUCAGAGAUCAGUGAUCCAGUUACAAUUACAGUGAGAGUGAGACCUAAAGCUGUGGUGAUUAUAAAGCCUGAUAAACAUGUGUUCAGAGGAGAGACUGUGACUCUCAGAUGUGAAAUACAGGGAGGAGGAGACACUGAGUGGACAUACAGCUGGUAUAAGAAAUAUAACACACUCUACCCAUCCCGCACAACACAGGAGUUCAGCUUCAGCUCAGUUAGAAAUGAUGACAGUGCUGAAUACACCUGCAGAGGGAGGAGAAGUGACUCUCAGAGCUCAGAGAUCAGUGAUGCUGUUACACUGACUGUAUCAGAAAAACCUAAACCUGAACUCACAUCAAGUCGUGAAGGAGCUGUACUGACAGGAAACUCAGUGAAUCUGUCCUGUACACUGACUCCACAGUCUGCUGGAUGGAAGUUUUACUGGAUCAAACCCACACAGAGCACUGAGACUGAGACUGAGACUGAAACAGACUACUACAACAUCAGCUCCGUUAGAGUCUCUGAUGGAGGUCAGUACAGGUGCAGAGCUGGAAGAGGAAACCCAGUCUACUACACACACUACAGUGAUGCACUCUGGGUAAAUGUUACUGAGAGUGCUAAAGCUGUGGUGACCAUAAAGCCUGAUAAACAUGUGUUCAGAGGAGAGACUGUGACUCUCAGAUGUGAAAUACAGGGAGGAGGAGACACUGAGUGGACAUACAGCUGGGAUAAGAAAUAUAACACACUCUACCCAUCCCGCACAACACAGGAGUUCAGCUUCAGCUCAGUUAGAAAUGAUGACAGUGCUGAAUACACCUGCAGAGGGAGGAGAAGUGACUCUCAGAGCUCAGAGAUCAGUGAUGCUGUUACACUCACUGUAUCAGAUGCAGCAGAGGCAGUAGUGAGUGUGUCUCCACUGCGCUGGCUGACUGAAGGAGACUCAGUGACUCUAAGCUGUGAGGUUAAACACUCCUCUACAGGCUGGACAUUCAGCUGGUACACAGAGGUUCCCUCCAGAGACAGUCAGGGUUCCCUCAGGUACAGUACAGCACUCCUCUCAGACAGCAGCAGAGGAUCUGGAGGCUCCUACACUCUCAGUCCUGUUACUGUGAAUCACACAGGAGUUUAUAUGUGCAGAGCAGAGAGAGGAGAACCAGUCUUUCACACACGGGACAGUAACCUACAGCCACUGUGCAUCACUGGUGAGGAAAUAAAUCAACAACAAUAGUGUGUGUGUGCGUAUGUGUGUAUGUGUGUGUGUGUGCGUAUGUGUGUAUGUGUGUGUGUGCGUGUGUGUGUGUGUGUGUGUGUGUGUGUGUGUGUGUGUGUGUGUGUGUGUGUAGGGGGAUGGAAGGACAGCAGAUAAAUAAAUUGGGGAACUGAAACUUUUACUGAAACAAACUGAAGCAAAAAUCUGAAACUUUUACAGUUGUGUAAUCAUUAUUAUCUGAGACUGUUUCAGGAGCAUUUUAUAAACUCCAGUAAUGACCAGUGAAAUGCUAAAAUCUAAUUACUUGAUGAUUUAUAAACAUGUGUCAACAUAAUGUAUAUUGCUAAUAAAUAGUGAGAAUUAACUCUUUAAACUGACAGUUUAUUAUUCAGUUACUCAUCCUACACCGUGUUCAGUAACUACUAGGAAAGGUGUGUAGUUACUAAAUCUGAGCUCACUGCUGUUUUCUCAGACUUUAAAGGAUUAACACUGUAUGCCACUCGUGUAUUUUUUUGCUUUUGACAUUUUUUAUUUGAAAAUUUCUUUGAAGAUAAGACAAGUACAUAAUAUCUAAGUAUUUUUUUAUCAUAUUGCUUUAUUUUACAUGCUCAGUGAUGACAUUUUAAUUGUUCAUGAUGUUUACAUAUCUAUCUAUCAUUAAUUUUCCAUGUGUAAUCUGUUCUGUUCACAACCAUAAUAUAUAAUGUGUGUGUUUCAGGUGAAUCUCCUCCAGUGUCUCUGAUCAUCAAUCCCAGCAGAACUCAACACUUUACU